UUAAAUGUUAAUUACUUUCAAUUUUAAACGUGUAAUAUGCCACAACUGAAAUGAUCAAGUAUCGAGGACAUUUUAGAUUGACCAGUGCGCACAUUAAACAAAUAUUAUCUAUGUGACACCAUAACCAUAGCCGAUAAAUAUCAAACGUAUCUGUUGCUUUGUAUAGCGUUGCAAAUCGUUUUUGGGCGAACGGUCGUGAACAACGAUGGCAACGGUAUUGGCGGCACAUCUAUGAGAAUCCGAUUCAGUGUUUCCGUUCUAGCAGCGCCUUUCUGACUUGAGUGUGUGUGCUGAUGCUCUCUGAUGUGCAACCUAUUUGUAACGUCGUUGCUAUAACUGACAUAAUAUCAACAGUUUUCUUUCACUAACUACGUCGUUGAAGAGUAACCUUAAAAAUCAGCUAUUACCUAUAGAAUUCUCGUGAAUUGAUUUUAUAAGAAUAGAUUAAAACAUCUAUUUCAAGUAUGAGUGCUGGUGACAUUUGGCAAGAAUCAAACAAAGAUGAUUCAAUUCUAAAGCUUGAACACCAUUUCAGUCAAACAUUCCAAAAAGGUAAACCCGAGUAUUAUGUCAAAGUACCAGGCAGAGUUAAUCUCAUUGGAGAGCAUGUUGACUAUUGUGGGUACUCUGUUUUUCCGAUGGCAAUCAAACAAUGUAUCAUAGUUGCAGCAAAAAGAUUAAGUGGACAUAAUAUCGUUCGAAUUACAAAUACAGAUACGCAGAGUUAUGAAGACGUUUCCCAAACCAUAUCAGAUAUUGAUGCCGUUACAAUAGGUAAAAGUCAAAGCUGGACAAAUUACUUUUUCUGUGGUAUAAAAGGAGCUCAAGAAUAUAUGACUGAAAAACAAUUGAAAACGGUCGAAAACGUUGGUUUCCUCUUCGCUGUUUCAGGAAACAUACCGGAGAGUGCUGGUCUAAGUAGCUCAAGUGCACUUGUUACAGCUGCUUUAAUUUCUACUUUGGCUGGAUACGGGGUAUCUGUGCCUCGACAUCAAUUAGCAGAAAUUAGUGCCAAAUGUGAAAGAUAUAUUGGUACAGCCGGGGGUGGUAUGGACCAAGCAAUAGCUAUACAUGCUAAAAAAGGGUUUGCUUCGCGCAUAAAUUUUAAUCCUUUAACAAUUCAACAAUUUCGUCUUCCUGAUGAUGUUACAUUUAUUGUAGCUCAAAGUUUGGCAAUAAAAAAUAAAGCAGCAUCCAAUGAUUUUAAUACAAGGGUUGUAGAAUGUAGAUUGGCUUCUCAGAUCAUUGCAAAAAGUCAAAAUAUUGACUGGAAAAAUUUAACUGUAUUGUCUCAACUUCAAAAAACAUUAAAAUACUCCUUAGAUGAAAUGAUUAAACUUGUACAUCAACACUUACAUAAGAGUAAAUUUACAAAAAAUGAGAUAUGUGAAAUCCUAUCAGUCACGGAAGAUGAAUUAAACGUAAUAAGUUUAACUCCUAAUACAACAAACGUCUUAGAAUUUUACUUACAUCAAAGAGCAUUACACGUUUUUAAAGAGGCCAAAAGAAUGGAAAAAUUCUGUGAAGAAUGUGAAAAUUCGUGUUCUCCUAUAGAACUUGGAGAGCUUAUGAAUUUAAGCCAUACUUCGUUGCGUGACUUAUAUGAUUGCAGUCAAUCAGAUCUUGAAGAGUUAAUAGAGCUUUGCAAACAAGGGGGUGCUUAUGGAUGUAAGCUUACUGGAGCUGGAUGGGGCGGAUGUGUUGUUAUUAUGGUACCAUCAAAUAUAAAAGAAAAAUUUAUACAAUUUUUAAAAGAUAAAUUUUAUUCAAAAAGAUCAGUCGACAAAAAUAAGUUAACUAAAGUUAUUUUUGCAACCAAACCUUCUGAUGGAGCUUUUAUCUUCAAGUCCCCUGGUGUUGAAAUUGAUAAAUUAUAUGAACUUCCUCCCUUAAAAAUACUGUAGAAGUUUAGUAAAUUAUUUUUUAUCUUCAUGUCUAAGUCCAGAAGAACAAACAUGCUAUGUAUUGUUAUGCAAAUUUUGAUAUUUUUCCCUCCCUCUCAAAAUAUAUUUUUAUAACGACUCCCUUGGUUAAGGGAAUCGUAUAAGCUUUCUACAUUAUUUAUAGACAAAUUUACUAAAUUUAUUUUAAUUAAAAUACUGUCAUUUAUGUAUUUGAUCAAUGAAUAUUGUAAAUUUAAUCCUUAAAAUAAAAUAAAAAUAGAUAUGACCCAUGAAAAUGUUCUAUAACAUAAUGUGAAAUUCGAGUAAGCUAAUGAAAAUUCUCAGCAUAUGUCUAAUAAUUAGUAUUUUGACUUCUGUGUCUAUACAAUGCAAAGGACCAUAAAAAUAUAUUCAUUAUGAUAGUUUUUAUAAUAAGUUUCAUUUUAAUCUGAUAAUUUAAACAAUGACAAAUCAAUAAUAGAUUUUUAAAUUACUACAUGUCUAUUGGCUUUCAAGAUUAUCCACUCCAAUUAUAUCACAAAUAAAGAAUGUAUACCACAUAAUUGUUAACGAACGUUAUAAAUUGUAUUUAAUCCUUUGAAGCAUAGUGAUUAUUUUGUGAAACAUAUUUUUGCUUAUUUUUCAUUUGCCACCACAUUGCUUGUUAAUUAUAACAACUUAAAAAUGACCGUUUGAUAACAUUUUUUUUCAACAAUAUUUUUUGUUGUUUCAUGAUUAUUCUAACAGAUAAUAAUACAAGUUAAAAAUCAACGCUAUAAUUAUUUUGUAAUAUUAUCAUGGCGUCAAAGAUAUUCCAUAUAAUUCAAUAAAACAAAUUGUAAUUAUUAUUUAUUUAUAUUCUUUGUCGUAUUUAGAACGUAAUGUAAUUACUCUAUAAUCUGAUUAUAAUUUAAAAUUUUUAAUAUUAGUUAUAUUAUUGAUGGUUUUACAGUGAAACCACUGUAAAUUAUUGACCCUAUUCUCAUUAUUUAUUUUAUAUUUACAAAAUUAUAUUUCCAACUAUUUUUUUGAGUCUUUAUUUUUUAAUUAGUUGAUUCUAUGGAUAUUAAUGUGGUUGACGGAUAAAUCCAUUACUGGAUGAAUUAGAAAAAAUGUCCCGGUGUUACUGAGUCAAUUUUGUCAGAAGAUACCAAAAUUGAAGAUCAUGAUUUGAACAUUAUUGACUAGCACACAUUAGAAAUAAAUUUUGGUAAUUACCGACUCAAUGUGAAGUUGGUAUAGUUAUUGAUGGUAUUAUUAUGGAAUAUGUUUUUAACAAAGCUAACAUUGUUGUUUCUGAAGACGAACCUGAUGAAGAAAGUUUGACAUCAAGAAUUCACAAACAAGAUUUUUCAUAGAAUAGUUAUUUCAUACUUAAAGUAAAAAAUGAUUUAUUUUGUGA